ACCCCUUAACAAAUUCCUUUCUCAUUGACAUUUGGCAGAAUAAUUCCUGCAUCUCUCUCAACCCAUAUUAAUACUCGAUCUAUUAAUACAACGUAACCAUGGCAGCACAGAACCACCACCUCUUCCACCACAACAAAGAUGGAGAAAAUUCUGUAGAUGGAGGAAACCCUGUUGAUUAUAGGAAGGAGGAGAAGAAGAAGAAGCAUCUCGAGCAGCUAGGCGGGUUUGGUGUUGUUGCUGCUGGAACUUAUGCCUUGCAUGAGAAGCAUGAGGCAAAGAAAGAACCAGAGCACGCCCACAAACACAAGGUAGAAGAGGAGAUUGCAGCAGCAGUUGCAGUAGGGACCGGUGGCUAUGCUUUCCACGAGCAUCAUAAGAAGAAAGAGGCAAAGAAAAAUGACAAAGAGGCACACGGAAAGAAGGACCACCAUCUCUUUUAAGUGUUAAUUUGCUCUUUUAUAUUAAUGUAAGCUUCUUAAUUUCAAGUUUGAACUCUAGCUUCCUUUUUGCAUGUAUUUAAUUUGCUUAAUAACAUCCGUGGCUUCUUAUGUA